ACGCGCAUCGCGGAAACGCCCCCUCCAUUACUCGACACAAGCUUCGAAGCCUCGAACGUCACAUCACUAAUCAUAAGUACGCAUGAGAGCAGAAGCAGGAAAUGUGAAGCCGAGGCAAGAUUCAUGAUGAGUGUUCCUGUAGAGGAAGAGACAGAUAAACCAGAGUCUGCAGGGUCUAGCAGUCUGCCCAUAAAGAGUGAACAGUCCAAAGGAAAUUUCCUAACCUUCAGUAUUGAACCUGGAUCUGGAGACAAAAGAAAUCAGAAAAUACCAUAUCCAGUAUCCAGCUCUGUGUCUAUCAAGAGUGACAAGUCUAAAGAAGAAUCUCCAUACUCCAGUAAUGAACUUGGACCCUCUGACACAGGAGAUCAGAGAAAAGCAUAUCAGGUAUCCAGCUGUAUGUCUAUGAAGAGUGACUCGUCCAAAGAAGAAGCUCCAUACUUCAGUAAUGAACUUGGAUCUUCAGACACAAAAAAGAGGAAAAGGAGUGGUGUAUGUGAGGAGGAGCAGCUGUCCUGCUGUGCUGUGUGUCAGGACGUCCUGAAGGAUCCAGUCUCUACCAGUUGUGGACACUGGUUCUGCAGACAGUGCAUUUCUGCAUACUGGGACCAGCUGGCUUCAUCAGAAGACUCCUCUUGUCCCCAGUGUGGAAAAAGAUCCAGAACCAGAGCUGGACUACAGACAGCUAAUCAGAGCAGCUGUGUACAAACAAAUGUUGGUUUACAGGAGGUUUCAGAUGAACAUAAAAUCAGUUUGAAGAGACGGUGUCAACAUGUGCUUGAAGGAACUGAUGAAACGGGACCUAAAACUCUCCUCAACAAGAUCUACACUGAGCUCUACAUCACAGAGGGACAGAGUGAAGAGGUUCGUAUCCAACAUGAGGUGAGGCAGCUGGAGACGGCUUCCAAAAUAGACGCUCUCCAUGACACUCCAAUCAGGUGCCAGGACAUCUUUAAAGCCUUGCCUGAUAAACAGAGACCCAUCAGAGUGGUUCUGACGAAUGGCUUCGCUGGUGUUGGAAAAACCUUCUCAGUGCAGAAGUUCACUCUGGACUGGGCAGAGGGCUUGGAGAACCAACACAUCAGUGUGGUGGUUCUGCUUUCAUUCAGGGAGCUGAACUUGGUCAGAGAUGAGCAGUACAGUCUCCUGGAGCUGAUCCAUGUUUUCUAUCCAACAUUACAGAGCGUCACAGCAGAGCAGCUCACUAUGUGCAAUCUUUUGUUCAUCUUUGACGGCCUGGAUGAAAGCAGAUUUUUGUUGGAUUUCACCAACAUGAAGCUUGUGUCUGAUGUCACACAGAAGUCAUCAGUCAGUGAGCUGCUGACAAACCUCAUCGAGGGGAAUCUGCUUCCCUCGGCUCUCAUCUGGAUAACUUCCCGACCCGCAGCAGCCAAUCAGAUUCCUCCUACAUGUGUUGACAGGGUAACAGAAGUACGAGGCUUCACUGAUGCCCAGAAGGAGGAGUACUUCAGGAGGAGAUUCAGUGAUGAAGAGCUGUCCAGCAGAAUCAUCUCCCACAUGAAGACAUCCAGGAGCCUCCACAUCAUGUGUAGAAUCCCAGUGUUCUGCUGGAUCACUGCUACAGUUCUGGAGCACAUGUUGACUACAGAGCAGAGAGGAGAGCUGCCCAAGACCCUGACUGACAUGUACUCACACUUCCUGCUGGUUCAGACAAAGAGGAAGAAGAACAAAUACCAUGAGGGACAUGAGAAAUUGUUUGUUGAGACAAGUCCACAGGAGCUGAUGGAGGCUGACAGGGAAGUUCUUCUGAAGCUGGGGAGGCUAGCAUAUGAACAUCUGGAGAAAGGAAAUAUCCUGUUCUACCAAGAAGACUUGAAGCAGUGUGGUCUGGAUGUCUCAGAGGCCUCAGUGUACUGAGACUUCAUAACUGUGGACUCUUAGACCCUCAUUUUGAAGUUGUGGCUUCAGCUCUCAAGUCUGAACCCUCACAUUUGACAGUACUGGACCUGAGCAACAACCAUCUGCAUGAUUCAGGAGUGAC